AUGGCUCCCAACGGCGGUCGCCCCGGCGGCCUGAUGUGCACGUCGCGCGCCUCCUUCAACGGAUCCGAGCGCCACGCCAGCCCGUGGGCCUUCUCGAGUUGGACGUUCGAGAGGAGGUUGCUGUGCGCCGCGCACGCGCUCGUGGGCACGUUCCUGUGCGUCGUCUCCGGCGUGCUGCCGCGCUACUGGAACCAGUACCUCGGGCACGUCGGCCCCGCGGCGUUCAUGUUCGUGCUCGCCGAACUGGAGCGAUGUCCCGGCCCGGGGACGAUCGUGGCGCAGGGCUGGACCGCCAUCGCGGGCGGAGCCUCGUACCUGCUCUACGACCUCGUGAUUCACGGCUGCGGCCUGAACAUCUUCUGCCACGGGCACAGGGAGCAGCACCACAUCGCCAUCAACACCCUGUUCAUCCUGGUCGGCGUCGACAUGGUCGUCCAUCGCAGUAAGUUCAGCGCCGCCCUCGUCGGCAUCGGCUUCGGCGUCUUCGUCUGGCUCCACCCGCAGCCCAACGCGACGGGCAUCCUCAUGCACAAAUUCGCCGGGCUCAUGCUCGCCGUCUUCGCCGUCGCCAGGAUGUGCGACCGCCGCGACCUGUGCCACGUCUCGCUGUACUACGCCGCCUACCUCUUCUUCUACGGCCAGAACGGGUUCAUGGACGUCUACGGCGGAGCGGAGGCGAGGGGCGAGGCCGGAAGCGACGGGUACGUUCCGGCGCGACUCGCCGCGAUCGAUCCCACCGCGUACGCUCUCUUCGUCUGUUCGCUGGCGACGGCGAUGCGAACGGCGACGGAGACGCUGGACGCGGCGUUCGGGGAUGGUAUCGUCGUCGCGGGGGGUGGAGGCGUCGGGGGGUGGGGCAAGGGGCGCGUCAGGGGCGGCACGGCCGGCGUCGGCACGGCCGGCGUCGGCACGACUGGCGGGUUCACGGCUGGCGGGUUCACAGCUGGCGGGUUCGACGCGGGGGAGUUUGCGUUUGAGACGGCGAGGCUGCGCGACGGCUUCGGCGGUGACGACGAGCGCGGGCGCCGGGGGGACUGA